AUGCGUGUCUCCGCCAUCGUUGUCGCUUUCGCUUCCGUCGUUUCUCUGAGUGUGGCUCAGAGCGCCAUCGUCAAGGAUGAUAGAAUCAACAUGUCCUGCGAUUUCGCCCAGGACAAGACUGGCAUGUUGCAGUACCCCUACUGCUGCCGUGACUUCAAGCCUCUGAGAGGAAACCCUCACAGUAACGAGGCUGAGGACUGCGAUUUGUUGCAAGCCCCCCAGCUGUGUGAGGACCAGUCUCGGCCAGCUUGCUGCUAUACUAUUGGCCCGAAGAAGAUCUGUACCUCGCACGUCGUUUUCCAGCCCGCUUCGAGUGUCUGA